AUGAGUCAUCAUUGGUGUGUUGGUGUGUGGAGCCAGACCAGUUGUGCUCAGAGCGCCAUCUCUCAUUCUCGAAACCGCCGACCAUCCAGAGAGUGCAACGCAGCAAACAUCACCAGAUCAAUCAAGAGCAACCUGAAAGCUAUCACAGCGCCAACUUCAUUCGCGAAACAGUCAAUCAACAUGAUCUGGAGCAUUAGGCCAAAGCCCAAGUACCAUUACAAUGGAUACGAGGUGACUCAGGUUGACAAGAACCGAUUGAAAAGGGAAGAAGAGAAGGCCACAGAAGAUGAAAAGCAUGGCUAUCGCCCUCCAAGGUCGACCUGGGACCGAUACUGA